AUGCUGGAUCUGCCAAAUAACCGAACUCGCAAGGAAACAGAAGCCCUAAUCGAUAAAAUCAUCGAUGUGUUUUUCUAUGGGCAGUUUGAUUGUUAUCAAGACAUUCUCGACUCUGAUCGUCACGCAUCAUGCUCAGAAGUAUCUCGCAAUUUGGAGCGACGCACCUGGGAACCUCCAACCGACGCUCUCCAUUUGGCUCUUAUGACUAGUGCCAUAAUUCACGGUGAUGCUGCUGAGCUAGAGUCUAUAUUUCUGAGCACUGGAAUAUGGAUCACUACGCAGAGCGUCCGCUUCAAGGUUGUGCCAAUGGAAGUUGCUGCACAAAUGGGCAGUGAAGAUAUCAUCAGGACCAUAAUCAAUUGCUGGGGGCCCAUCGGAGCAAGAGAUCAUAUAUGGGGUUGUAUAUUGAACUCCGGCGCGGUCGUGACGUCUGCACGAGCCGGGAACUUGAAAACGACGGAGCUCUCUACUAAGUUCCUAAAAGCCCACAAUUAUUACGCCUAUAGCCUAGAUCGGGCGACAUUAUGCUCAUCGAGAGUUGGGAAAAUAGAUUCGAUGCACUACUGCUUGGAACAGAACCGUGACUCCUACGGAUAUCAUGACCAAUUGUUUAACUCUUUCAUAGGUACUGUUAAAUAUGGACAGGUGGACGCAGCCAAAUACCUGCUUGACCGCGGCGAACUUGACAUCAAAGCCAAGUCCAAUUAUGGUCAAAAGAGGCUCUUGCUCACAGUUCUUCAUGAUUGCCCCCAAGAGAAGAGGCCAGCAUUCUUGAAAUUCAUCUUGGGCCACGGGGUUGAUCCAAAUGGAACAUUUCCAGCUAUACCGAGGACACCAUUUCAAGCAGCCAUCAAGUUGGGAGAUGCCGCUCAGCUGCUGUCUUGGUUGAAUAUGGAGCAGAUGUUCAUGCUCCAUCAAUCUUGCGUCCUCCGGCACGCAUGA